AUGAGCGAGCGCUGGGACGUGGGCCGGGCCCUGGCGCUGGCCGCGCUGUUCCGCCUGCUACAGGGCGCGGCCCGGGGCUGCGCCGAGCCCUUCCUGCCGCUCUACCUGCGGCUGCUCGGGCUGUCCGCGCCGCUCGUGGGGGCCGCGGCCGGGGCCCGGCAGCUGGCGGCGCUCGCCGUGCUCCUGUGCUGCCCCCGGGGCCGCGCCGGGCGGCUGCUGCUGGCAGGGUCAGUGCUGGGCUCGGCCGGAGCCAGCCUGGCGCUAACCCUCAUCCCGCCCGCGGGGGGCACGGGGCGCACGGGCUGCGACAGCAGCCUGCAGCUCGGCCUGCCCGGCUCCCUGCCCUCCGCGCUCCCUUCCACUCUGCUCGUGCCGCUGCCCACCGCAGUGCCCAGCCCAAGGACCAUCCCGGUGUCCAGCCUCGGCAGGAGCAGUUACGGAGCAUUAAACUCGAGCUCUCUGACGCACACGAGAGCCGUGCCAAGGGGAACAAGGACAACAGCUGCUGACGUGUUGGCAGCGAGCAGGAAGCCCUCUAUGGGCAGGUCAGCCUCCCGGGGGUUCUUGGGCACGACAGGUGCGCCUCAGGAACGCGGCAGAGGGGUUGGGGAAGGUGAUCCAGAAGGAAAAGGCUCCUUGGAUGGUCGCUCUGGCUGGACAGUGAAAGGCAUUAAUCAGCAGACACCCGACCCAGAAAGGCCGACAUCCUACGGACCUCCCUUCCGUGGGCUCCAGGAGGAAACUCCAGGCUCUGCUGCAACCGAUUUAGCUGAUAAUGCUGAGGAAAGCCUAAAUACUACUGAGAGUAAUGAGCCAGCUUUGCUUAAAACAGCUCUUCCCGCUGUUGGAGAUGCCCACAUGUCCGAAAACCUUCCUGGCUCUCGCGAUGUCAACUUCGAGGCAAUGCAGAGCAUCUCCCAGGACAGAGAGUACCAGGUUUUUCUCAUGGUGCUGGGCGCUGUGGUGCUUUGGGAGCUGUUGGCCGCUUCCCUGGAAUGGACCAUGGAUGAAAGUGUCUAUGAGUACCUGGACUUUGUGGACGCCACGGACAAGUACAGGCGGCUGUGGCUGUGGGGCUCCGCGGGUGCGGCCGCCGGAGCGUGCGGCGUGUCCGUGCUGGUGAAUCAGCUGGAUUGCUCCCUCGGCGGCUCCAUUCCCCGCCUCGCCGUGCACUUCUACGGCUACUCUGUCCUGGUGGUGCUCUCCCUGAUGGUCAGCGUCUUCUUUCCCGGCCACGUUCCCAGGAAAAGCGCCCAUGCUCCCGGGCUGGCCAAAGCGCUGUCCCUGCUGCGGGGGGACGGCCGGGCGCUGCUGUUGGCGGGCACCGUGUUCCUCGUGGGUGCUGCCAGCUCUGCCGGGCACAACUUCCUCCUGUGGCAGCUGCAGGACCAGGGCAGCAGCGAGCUCCUUAUGGGGCUCUGGGUGGCUGGGAGCCCGCUGGCAGAGCUGGCCCUUCACCCGCUCCGGGGGCAGCUGCUGCGGGCGCUGCCGGGCUGCAGGCUGGAGCUGCUGAGCCUGGCCGUGCUGGCAGCGCAGCUCCUGAGCUAUUCCCUGCUGCAAGCUCCAUGGGCAGCACUCCCCGUGCAGGCGCUGGCCGGCCUCAGCAGCGGGGCGCUGCGGUGGCGGCUGCAGGGGACAGUGGGGGACAUCGCCACGCCGGGCACGGAACGCGCCCUGCACGCCCUGCUCGGGGGGCUGUGCGCGGGAGGAGCCGGCCUGGGCAGCUUUGGGGGAGGGUUUGUGGUGCAGCGCUUCGGGCUGGCAGUGCUGUUCCAGGCCAGCUGCGUGGGGCUCGGGCUCUGGAUCCUCUUCAUCGUAAUUGUCCAAUCCAGAUUGCCCCGGCAGAGAAAAAUUAAUUAUUCUCGGCUCCUGGCUGCUGAUUCCAGUGAAAUGAGUGACUCCGAGGAGGAGAAUGAGAAGGACUGGCUGGUAAAGGCUAUGAAGGAUGAGAGCUUUAACAGGAAUUGGAUACAGCAGCAUGGGAUCAAGUAAUCUGUACCUAACUAUGUGGGGUGGAAAGGGAACCUGGUAUGAUAAUAUCCAGAAAUCACCGGCAAUUCUGAAGUGCUAAAUAUAUACAGGCUGUAUCUGACAGGAGAGAUUUUUAUUAAAAAAAAACCAAAACAAAACAAAAAAACCCCCUAUAAAUCUUAUUUUCUUACUUCAUAGCAUUCUACCUUUUUUGUAAUAUUUCCUUUUUAACUUGAUGAUUUUGCUUCCAAAAUCCCAAAAGAAUAUUUCAGGUGUAUAUUGGUUAAAUUAAUGUAGCUGAAUUUUUAGUCAAAAACCAAACUUGGAUUGUUGCUGCCAGAGCUGCUGCUGAGGCUGUGAGUGACAGUUGUGUCCCGGGCUGUGACACAACCAAAUGGAAAUUAUUGACAUGCUGACAGCACACAGAAUUCUUCCAAGGUGGCUGUGAACUCUUUGCACUUUAUAAGGGAUGCAAAUAAAAGCUGGUUCAUUUGUAAAAGAAGGUUUUGCCAUAGACUCUCUGCCGUGUCGUUUGUGUGAUUUUAGUGAGCUCCUGCUUGGAAUCUGCUGGGGAAACCCUCCCGGUGUGCUCAGAGCCAGCGGCUGGCCCGGCCCACCUGGGCACUUCCUGGUGGUGAUUUAAGGUGUCACGGCAUUCCAGGUGACAGGAAGCAGCCGGGCCUCCCGACUGCUGUCACUUCUGUGGGCUGGGAAUUUCCGGAGGACGGGAUGGGAUAUCCGUCCAGCCUGGUACUGCUGGAAAGCCGAUCCUGCCUGGGUCACUUGGAUCCUGAGCAGAACUGCUCCCAGGCAGGGACAGCCACAGCCCCAGAAAGAGAAAGGGAGGUUUGUGUCUGUCCCUCACUAACCAGGAGACCCCCAAAGCAACACCUGGGCACAGGUGCACAAGCAGACAGCUGCACUCGGUCCAUGCCAGAGGAUCUCCUGCACACUGAGUUAUCCCACUUUAUUCCCAGCUGAAAGUCACUGGUUUCCAGCCUUCCUCUUUUAACCUCCUGGGUUAAACCUCCUUACCUGCCCUGCCUUCACCUCCAAGGCACAGAUUUCAGCCCCUCUCCAGGAGGUAAGUUUUAUCAAUGAAAAAUCGUUGUUCUGAUGUCAUCAGGAGAUCUUAAAUGGGUUUUAAAUGAGCCUUGGAGUCCCUUCAACCACCAGCAAAGGCUGGUGUCAGUUGAUCAGGUGCUCCUUGGUCAGGGAAUCGCAUCAUUCCUGUGCAGAGGGAUGGUUUUUAGUAGCAUCUGCCUAAGACGCUCACAAGCCCCGAGCCAGGCAGCUGCAAAAAGCAGAAUAUUUAUGGAAAUGCGUAUUUAAUAUGGCAUAUGCAAAUGGCCUGGCAGUGUG